ACACUGUGCAGUAUAUCAAAGCUACCAUUUGCUUCUCACCUCACUUGGUCUCCAUCGUUCUAUUUGCGAGUCAUUGUCCAGUCAACAUGGAGGAACUGUACGUCCGACACGUGAAGCUGCUCGGCUUUGAGAAACGCUUUUACCCCAGUCAACACUACGUGUACAUGCUGAUGGUGAAGUGGAACGACCUCUCGGAGAAACUCAUCUACAGGACAUAUCCUGAAAUCCACACUUUCCAUAAAUCCCUUAAAGAGAUGUUUCCUAUUGAAUCUGGACUAAUAGAGAAGAAAGAUCGCAUCAUUCCUUCACUGCCAGCACCGCGGUGGGUGGAGAGUCAAAGGUCACGGGAAAACAAGCAGAGCACCUUGGCCGAAUACUGCCAGUCUCUGGUGAACCUGCCACCACACAUUUCGCGCUGCGCACACCUCAACAUCUUCUUCAAAGUUCGACGAGAGGAUGAAAACCCAUCUGCUCCAAACACAGUGAAAAAAAGUGAAACCUUUGUGGAGAACAAAGUCAAUAUUUCUGAGAUAUCCAGUCCCAUCAUCCUGGACACGUACAGAGUGAUUGCAGACUUCAUCAAGACAUCCAAACACGAGCUCAACCUCCACUCUGGAGAUUUGGUAGAGAUUGUGGAGAAAAAACAGAAUGGCUGGUGGUUCUGUCAGUGUGACACAAAACGAGGUUGGGCCCCUGCCUCCUACCUGGAACCUCUGGACGGACCAGAGGAGACCGAGGACGUGGAACCAAACUACGAGGGAGAAUUGCACGUCACUAUCGGAGCCUACAAGAAGGAGACGGAGGAUGAGAUUUCUUUGGACAAGGGAGAAACCAUCGAGGUCAUUCAUAAGCUUUUGGACGGCUGGUGGGUCGUCAGGUAUGAGGUUUCUUUAUGGAUUAGGACAUGUUGGUCUUAUGCAACAAUGACAGCCACUGAAUUAUUUCCUGUUUGGCUUAGGAAAGGCGAGGAGAUGGGUCACUUUCCGUCCAUGUUCCUGCAGAAAGCCGGCAAUGAUGCCAACUAUGAAUCUAAGCAGUUGCAGGGACAGAAACCUCCACCUCGCAGGUCCACCAUUAAAAACGCCAAGAGCAUCCACAACAGAGCUCGUCAGCGCCUCAGCCAGGAGGCUUACCGCAGGAACAGCCGCCGCUACCUGCAGCAGAAGGGCCAGCGUCCAACAGCUGUGCCAAGGAAAUCCAAGAACAUUGAAAAGUCACCACUGAAAGAAUGCAGAAACCAAGGAAACAUUCCAGAGCAGCUGAGCAUUAGCUCAGAGUGUGAGCUGAAGCAGGAGCCUCCGGUCAUUCCUCCUCGACCGAGUCCAGAGCUCAUCCUGGAACGCUGCACCGACAAUACCCGCAAGAAAGUCAGCGUCCGAAACUCCGGAAGCAGCAGCAGCAUUUAGCUUAGAAGGUCUACCUAUUUCCAUAGUCUCUUCCUCACUUUUUAUUGUCACAUGCUAAUUUAUUCCUGAUUGUUACAUUCAUUAAAGGCCUACUGAAA